AUGAAGAUCUUACGCAUCAACCACAAGCUGCUGAAGUCCAUCUGGAGCAGCAGCAGGACACUUGGUGGAUCGGUCCCCCAAGCCGUGAGGCUGUUUACGUCCCUCAAUCUUUCCGAGUUUGAAGCCAUCAAUCGAGGGGACAAAGAAGUGCCGAAAUACUUCAAUUUUGCCAAUGACGUGUUGGAUAAAUGGUCUACAAUUGAAAAGGAUGGAGGGAGACCUUUUCAUCCAGCUUUCUGGUGGAUUGAUGGAAAAGGAGGAGAAGUCAAAUGGGGCUUUGAAAAACUGGGCUUUGUCUCCAGGAAAGCGGCCAAUGUACUCACAGGGCCCUGUGGCCUGCAGAGAGGAGACCGAGUGAUCCUCAUUCUGCCUCGGAUCCCAGAGUGGUGGAUGCUAACCGUGGCAUGUAUCAGAACAGGGAUCACCUUCAUCCCGGGGACUCCACAGCUGACAGCCAAAGAUAUCCAGUACAGGCUCCAGGUAUCCAAAGCUAAAGGCAUCAUCACAAAUGAUUCAUUGGCCCCCGUGGUGGAGACUGUCUCUUCGUCAUGUCCUUCUCUGCAAACCAAGGUGUUGGUCUCCGAGAGCAGGCGAGAAGGAUGGCAACAUUUCAAGGCGUUGUUUGAGGCAGCUCCUUCCAGCCACAACUGUGUUCAAACCCAGAGUGAUGAACCAAUGGUUAUAUUCUUCACAAGUGGAACCACAGGUUCCCCAAAGAUGGCUGAACACUCUCAAACCAGCUUAGCCUUGGGCUUAACUCUAUCGGGAAGGGAUUGGCUGGACUUCAAACCUUCAGAUGUCAUGUGGAACAUGUCCGAUACUGGUUGGGUGAAGGGGUCUAUGGGAGGUGUCUUUGGCCCUUGGCUUCGCGGAACCAGUGUCUUCGUACACAGCAUGCCACAGUUUGACCCAAAGGAAGUUCUAAAAACACUUUCCAGGUACCCAGUGACGACCUUGUGCACUGCUCCAACAGCCUACCGCAUGCUGGUGCAGCAGGACCUUAGCAGCUACACAUUCAAGAGCCUGUCUCACUGUUCGACCGGUGGAGAACCAAUGAACCCGGAAGUGGUGUCACAAUGGAAAAAACAGACGGGGUUGCAACUCUACGAAGGCUAUGGACAAACUGAAGUCGGGAUGAUAACAGCCAACCAGAAGGGGAAACCAGUUAAACUGGGCUCCAUGGGGACCGCGGCUCCACCUUACGAAGUUCAGAUUGUAGAUGAAGAUGGCAAGAUUUUGCCCCAUGGACAAGAAGGAGACAUCGCUAUCAGGAUAAAACCCAAGCGUCCCUUUAGCUUCUUCUCUCACUACGUGGACAACCCAGAAAAAAACUCAGCAGUUGUCCGGGGAAACUUUUACAUCACCGGUGACCGAGGCUGGAUGGAUGAAGAUGGCUAUUUCUGGUUUGUGGGAAGGUCUGAUGAUGUCAUCAUCUCCUCAGGAUACCGCAUUGGGCCUUUUGAAGUAGAAAGUGCUUUGAUUGAGCAUCCAGCAGUAGUUGAAUCAGCCGUGGUCAGCAGUCCGGAUAUAGUCCGACGGGAGGUGGUAAAAGCAUUUGUGGUUUUGUCUCCUGAGUUCGCAUCGCACAACCCAGAGAAAUUAACUCGGGAGCUGCAAGACCACGUCAAGAAAGUGACAGCGCCAUACAAGUAUCCCAGAAAGGUGGAAUUCGUACAAGAGCUGCCCAAGACGAUCAGUGGCAAAAUCAGAAGGAACGAACUGCGAAAAUGGGAAUGGGGAGAAAUUUAGUUCCAUGUCAGUUUCUCUCUCUCUCUCUUUCGAUCCCGUCACCAUUUGCAGAAAGGUCAGCUGGCAGAUUUCUGCGCAACCGGGUUUCUUAAUUUCUGCAGAUUUCUGGGUUUUCCGACCAGUAUCAAUAUUGUUCCUGUGGUUUCUACUAAAUAGGGUAGUUUAAUAAAACAUUUGACGUUGGCUUAAAACUUCCUUUUAUUCCUUUUGACUUGGCAAUUGGAGUUGUGUUUCGGGCCAAGCUGCAAAUCACUUUCUUCCCACUUUUCUAACAUCUUUCAUUUUAUUUAUGGAUCCAGACCAAUAAAAUUCAACACAAUCUUUUAAAAUGUAGAACCACCAACAUUCUGAAUUUUUGUAUGUCCUGGACAGCUUCAUGCAAAUGCUUUUGAAGUCGUGCUGGCAUUAAGUCAUUAAACAGAAUUAUCUUACGUGUAAAAGAAAAUUUCUUAAUCCAAGGUAGGCCACUAGUUCAGCUUAUGUCUUAAUUAAUCAACUAAUAUUAGCUCUCAAAUAGUACAUGCAUAGUUUCUACAUUCAAAACUGCAAAUUGAACCCUUUCAAUUACUUUGGAUCACAAUGUUGAGGUCACAAACAUCCCCAAUCAAAGCUGUCUAUUUGGCGAUCAAAACAGCUCUCUCCAACUCAAGGUGCUUGAGCAGCAUUUUUGAGUUUUGUCAAGUUCUUAAAAGUUGCCAAGUUUGCUCUAGAUUCUUCUAUCCCUUCCAUGCGUAUGUGUAUUGAUAGAUAAAUGAUUAGAUGAUAUGGAUGGAUGGAUGUAGAUACCGUAGAUAGAUGUGAGAUAGAUAGAUCCGAUAGAUGAUAUAGAUACCAUAGAUAAUAGAUACUGUAGAUAGAU